AACAAAUAAUAUAUUGUCAGCUGUGCGUGCUGCUCGUCAAAUCGGCACCUUCACUGAUUAAGAUGGAAGGUGAUAAAACAGCAGUUGAAUCUCCUCAGUACCUCAUCAACAACACAGAAGGCACCCUCUACAAGGGUGAUGAUAGAACUUCUCCCUCUGUCCACAGUGCCGAGAAGAAUAUCGCGGAGAAUGGAGAGAAACAAAACUUCACAGCCGCCUCUGAAAACUUUUCUGUUAAUAAUAUUUUAACUACUUCAAAUGAAAACAUCAGCAAUUCUUUCAGAAAGACAGGCCCGGCUAUUAAAAAAAUAAAACCAACUGUCGAAAAAAUGAAGAAAAAUGAGAAGAAACCAAGAACAACGAAAUCUUUAAAAGAAAGGAAAGGUAGAAAGUCAGCAUUCUCGGAGGACACCCCUGUGAACACAUUAACACCUUCGAUGUCCCCGGCCCUGGGAACAAAAACACCGGAUCCAUUUUACGAGGGUUUUGGAUUUUUCGAAACAACAACACCAUUAUUUAUCGAGAUGACUUCUACAACUACGCCAGCGCCUUUAACUCCAUUUGCCCCAAAACAACCUUCAACUACUUUUUCACCUUGCCCACCUAAUAUUCGAGCCAAUCCAAAUAACAGAAAUGAAUAUCACUAUCUUAGUGGUCCUUGGUCAGGAUACUACAUAAAAUGUCCUGCUGGUCUGCAAUUUCGUGAGGAUAAAUGUAUUUGUGAUUAUCCUUACAUAGAAUCCGUCAAAAAUUGCCCUUGUUGUGAAUCUGGGGUAAUGAAACACGAUAUGCACAGAAACAUGUUUAAACGCCUGAUAAAUGGAGUGUGGGUCGAUGAUUCCUGUCAGUUUCAUUCUAUGGUCUGGGAUGACAAAGAGUGCAAGUGCGUCUGGGAUACUAAAAUGUCUGAGAAAGAAGAUCUGGCAGUUGAGGAACAUUUGAAGCCCUACCGUCUAUACAAUGAACGAUGCGUCACCCUUCUAAACAUGACUUUUGACAAAGAAUUGAAAGAUGAAGACGGCAAACACAUCACCGGAACAAGAAAGAUACACAGUCGGCGAUUUAAGGCCAUCAAAGGAGCCGUAAACAAGGCCAUGUUGUUUGUAUAUACCCCUUUUGAACUGCAAUCUUUCAAAGGAAAUAGUUUGGAAAGAAACAUCUACAUCAGCUUCAACUUUAAGCCUGUUAUACAGAAUGCAAAGAAAGUCACCCUAUUCACAAAUGGUUGUGAGACACAAACAGCUAUUCGGCAGAUCCUGUCACCUUCGAUUGAGAUUAAUUUCUUCCCACGUGAUGAGACAAUGGAAUUCAUAUUAAAAACUGAGUCAAAAUCUGUGGACAUACAUACGAAGCCAGUACGGGACCCCUUUGACUGGUACAGAGUUAGAAUGUAUCUACAAGACAACGUAUUAACGAUUAUCGUCAACAAUGUUAUCCUAUACCGUUCAGCAGGAUUAAAUGGCAAAAUUAUCAGCACAAAUUGUAACUUAAUGAUUGGAGGAUCACCGUUUAGUAAUGAUCAGAGAUAUAUGGGAUACAUGGACGAGAUAUUGAUAGUGAAGCAAUGUCCCUAUGCAAAAAUAAACAACAUUGGACUCCAAGCCGGCUAAGCGACUACAUGUAUAUCCAGCAGGUGAAUAAUAUCAAACCCCCAUUUGAUACAGUUUGCCCGUGGUUUCACAGAAUUUUCCAUCUCGAUUAUAAAGAACUUUUUUGAUUUGCCAAGCUGUUGAUUUCUUGACCCUUGUGACUCUUUCCUUGUUCUCCAUUGAAGUACGUGGACUUACUUGAGCACAAUAUCGUGAAAAAAGACGGACAGACAUGAAAUGUGAACGAAAGCACUACAUUAUAUGUACACAGUGCAAUGAAAUCUAUGUUACAUUUUAGGAAAUCCAUCUUACUUUUUUGUAUAUAGCAUGUAAAAUUAUUAUAUGGUCGUAUUUAUUUUUCUUUGAAAGAAAUCCUUGUUGUUCUGUAAAUAAUAUUAUUAUUCAAUGUAGAAUAAUUGUUUUUGUAAAUAGUUCCUAGCUUUUUCAUAUUUAAGGUUGAAUCUUAAAUUAAAUCUUUCCCUAAUAAAAAUCAUGGAAUUGUAUUACGUUGAUUAAAUAACUAACCUCUCUGGACUCACAGCCAGAUUUGACCUGUGUUCAUGUACCAUCAUUUCUAUCUCUUAUGGAUCCUUUACAGGACUGUACUAUACUCAGAAACUGUUGAGGCUCUUAUACUGAUUCUAUUCUAUUAUAUACUCGCCCUUCUAUCUGUUGUUUUGUGUAGAUAUUUAUUAUCAUAUGUAGUAUUAUAGGGGGUCAUGAUUGUGUUCACCACCA